GUGAAGGGAGGAGGGACGAUUCGCUUCGUUGUCGCCCAAAUUAAUAAUUUCCUAUUUGUGAUACCAUAUUCAUGUAGGGAUUGAAAUAAAUAACAUUAUUUAGUGCUUGAUUUGAGUAUAAGUGUGAAUUGCAAACCUUACUUACCUCUUUAUUGCUACCGAUUACAUUCCGACCGCUCCCUGCGUCAGUCGACAAGUAUUUUUCAUGCCUGUUUGUACUACUUACUCAGAUACGGGCCGUAAUAGUAAAAGCUGUUGGAAAGUGCAUUCGUACGGGAAAUUGUUAGUGUAAAAAACUAUCCCACGCUCCAUAUAAUUACGAGCGUUAUGAGGUGAUUGUGAGGCUGUGCAUUUUGCAAGAUUGUAGCCAUUUUCGGUGACCCCAAUCGACGUGCACCAGUAUUAUCAAGAGCAGCUCAUAAUGACAACACCUGCCAACACAUUAAUGAACAAUUAAGGAAUUAGUGAAUUAGACAUGAUAAGCAUAACACAACAGAAAUGGACGGCGUGAAGAAAAUACAUUCCGGAACACUGUAUCGCAACGGUCCGGUGGAGGGCGCGUACGGUCCGCAACACAGUCCGGUGUCGCGGUCGGACGCCUCCACCGAGGACGCAGAAUUGUCGGCUGCUCUAGCGCACCAGCAUCACUUAGCUAUGCAGGCUGGUGAAUACCAAGUGGGGGGCGGUGUGGGGGUUGGGGUGGACGCUGACUACGGCCAGUACGUUUCCUCCCCUGCUACACAUUAUAACCAUAUGGGACACCUCACUAUGGCGCCAUCGCAGAAAUAUCCACAUGUAAUGGAUUCGGUGUCAGUGAGCGGUGGUGGAAGCUACGGGGGCGCGGGGGGUGCCGGCCAUUAUGGUACCUAUGGCCAUUAUGGAGCCGCGGCGUACCAACCGCAGCCAACCUAUAUGGUCGAGCCUCACAUGGUCGAUGCUCCACCACAAGUUGCUGCCUAUUUGGGACCGGAAUAUGGUGAAGGCGGAGGCAGUGCGUCACCCAGGAGUGCCUCUCCCGGGGCAUUACCACAGCACAAUUUGCAUUUACAACAAAGGUACGACUCAGCAUCGUUGGAGCAACUGGGACGGCAUUAUUGUGUGACGUCACCGCGCGGGGAGUACGCGGCCGACGGCUACGGUUACCAGCAUUAUCCAGCAGCGUACGACCCACCGCCGCAUCAACCGCCACCGUUCAAGGAUUCGCAAAAUGGACUUAGUCUAGGCAGUGCUGGUGGCCAAUCAAUGUAUGGUGAUGAAGAGGAGUUGCAGAAGCAAAUGGCGGGGAUGGCUUUAGAGUCGUAUGCAGUCCACGGCGUGGGAGUGGGCGUGGGCGUGGGCGGGCGCGACGACGGCGGUGGACUGCAGUGGCGAGAUCCCAACCUGCCCGAAGUCAUCGGCUUCCUGAACUCGCCGUCUGACGUCGUCAAGGCCAACGCGGCCGCCUAUCUCCAGCACCUCACUUACAUGGACGACCCCAACAAACAGAAGACCAGGAGUUUAGGUGGUAUUCCGCCGCUAGUGCGGCUUGUGUCGCACGAGAACCCGGAGGUGUGUCGUAAUGCGUGCGGAGCGCUCCGUAACUUGUCGUACGGACGACAGAACGACGAGAACAAGCGAGCCAUCCGCGACGCGGGCGGUAUCCCCGCACUCAUGGCGCUGCUGUGUCGUGCGGCCGACAUGGAGGUGAAAGAAUUGGUGACUGGCGUUAUAUGGAACAUGUCGUCGUGUGAAGAUCUAAAACAGUCUAUAAUAAAUGAUGCAGCUCAAGUGAUAGUCAACAAAGUCAUCAUACCACACUCCGGCUGGCAUCCCACCAACCCUGGUGACACUUAUUGGUCUACAGUGUUUAGAAACGCGUCGGGGGUGCUCCGCAACGCGUCGUCGGCGGGCGAGUACGCGCGGCGGAGGCUGCGCUGCCUGGCGGGGCUCACCGAGGCGCUGCUGCACGCAGUGCGGGCCGCCGUGCAGGCCAACGCCAUCGGCACCAAGAUCGUGGAGAACUGCGUCUGUGUGCUCAGGAACCUCUCGUACAGAUGUCAAGAAAUUGAAGAUCCAUUCUACGAUACGAGAGCACCACCCACACAGUCAUCAGGACAAGCCAGAAUACAAGCUAGUGCUUCCAAAGGCGAGAAUCUCGGUUGUUUUGGUGGCAGUAAAAAGAAAAAGGAAGGUUCAUCAUCAUCAAACUCGACCAGUCCGCUCGGGAAGAGUGAACCAGACAACCAACCAUUAGGAGAUACUACGCCCGACCCACAACUUGGGUACAGUGUACCCAAGGGCACUGAAAUGCUGUGGUCUCCAGAGGUUGUACCGUUAUAUAUGGCACUGUUGCAAACGUGUUCCAACCCGGAGACGCUGGAGGCAGCAGCUGGAGCCCUGCAGAACCUCGCUGCUUGCUACUGGCAACCCUCCAUAGACAUCCGCGCUGCAGUCAGGAAAGAGAAGGGACUACCAAUCCUGGUAGAGCUACUGCGGAUGGAGGUGGACCGCGUGGUGUGCGCGGUGGCGACGGCGCUGCGAAACCUCGCCAUCGACCAGCGGAACAAGGAGCUCAUCGGGAAGUACGCCAUGCGCGACCUCGUGCAGAAACUGCCCAGCGGCAAUCAACAGCACGAUCAGGGUACAUCCGACGAUACGAUAGCAGCGGUGCUGGCGACGUUGAACGAAGUGAUCAAGAAGAGCGGAGAAUUCUCACGGUCGUUGUUAGAAGCGGGUGGCGUGGAGAGGCUGCUUAAUCUCACCAAGCAACGCCACCGUCAUACGCCACGUGUUCUCAAGUUUGCCGGUCAAGUUCUAAUGACGAUGUGGUCGCACGCGGAACUUCGGGAGGUGUACCGCAAGCACGGUUGGCGCGAAGCGGACUUCUUAACGCCCGCUCGUGCUGCACAGCCUCGGGGAUCCUCCAACAGUAGCGGGCAGGGAACGCCGUCGUCAGCGGCCAGCGGGGCUCCGCAUUCGCCCAGCAACGCCAACAGCACGCUCAGCCGGCCCAUGGCCUCCACGGGCGGCACGCGCUACGAGGACCGCACCAUACGCAGGCAUCGGGAGAACGAUGACAUCCCAACGAUGGACGUGAACAACUAUCAAGACGGACUCGGUAUGGGCAACCCCAACGGGCGGCCUAUGAAUCUGCAGGGCGUGCAGGCACAGAUGCCGCCUCCGAGCAGUCGUUAGUAUGCAGUAGGUGAGCCUCGACUGGCUUAGAAAGCGGUGGCCAUCAUUUAUACGAAUGUCGUUGAGGUCUUCGCGAGGAGUCUGACCUCUACAACAGGAUAUUUAUAAAAUUACCCUAAAAGUCAUGUAUGGUUAUCAGUUUUACUUCUGACUAAUAAAUAACGUUUUGUCUCUUUCUUUUAAAGCAUUAUUAGAUAUUAUCUAAAUAUAUUUCAAUUUAAAUAGAACUGCAGGUAUGACAUGUCAAUUAGUUGAUAUAUGCCU